UGCAAUUCAUUUAUUUUACUGUCGCUAACUACGGUGUGAGCUGGUUGCUGUAAUGGAUCAUUGUACAACUUCUGCACACACGCUUUUAAAUACGAUCCUCAUUUUGUGGUUAUGUACGCGAGCAUUUGGAACUGAACUAGGCUUUGUGACUUGCGGAUCAGUCGUCAAACUACUAAAUGUUAGACACAAUGUAAGAUUACAUUCUCACGAUGUCCGGUAUGGUUCUGGUAGCGGUCAGCAGUCGGUGACAGGAGUGACUACGGUGGAAGACAGCAACAGCUACUGGAGUGUACGAGGCACAAGUACUGCUGUGUGCCAGCGCGGGACACCGGUCAGAUGCGGCCAGAUCAUUCGACUCACUCACGUCAACACCGGGCGCAAUCUGCACAGUCACUAUUUCGCCUCACCACUUUCAUCCAACCAGGAAGUGAGUGCAUUUGGGGAGGAGGGCGAGGGAGACUCCCUGGACGAGUGGACGGUGGUGUGCGGGGGUGCGGUGUGGGAGCGGGAGGAGUCGGUGAGGUUCAGGCACACCGCCACCGAGGGGCUCCUGUCCGUGACGGGCGAGCAGUACGGCCGUCCCAUCCACGGUCAGCGCGAGGUGCACGCCAUGCUCAACGCCAACCAGCACAACUACUGGAGAGCCAUGGAGGGCGUGUUCAUGAAGCCCAGCGAGACCCCCGGGGCCAGGGACAACGGCAGCCCCCUCCACACCGAGUUUUGACCGCCGCCGUCUCGCUCCUCCCCCUUGCUGCCGGCAAAUCUACGCACAAGUGCCGCAAGGUCUGGGCUGUCUGGACAGUCAGGAGGCCUGAACUGCGCGAAAAAAGUAAAACAGAACAGAAGUAGGUGUGUGAGAACUGCCAAAUAUCACUGGCAAAUCAAUCAGUGAAUUCAUUCAGCCCUGCCGCAAUGCUGCCUGUUUACCAUACGACGAAUGUGGAAUGUAGGCGGUUGGUUUCCAUUCCCUACAGAGUCAAAGUAUUGAGUUGGCAACAGCACCCAGAUCUCAAAACAUGUUUUUGUGUGUGUUUGUGUGUGUGUACUGCGCAACUGCUUCGUCAUUCUAUACAGGCCCUGAAUUGGUAAUGGGCAUUUGUUGACAAAAAUGGUAUAUGGGUCUUUCUUUUUCUUUUUCAUCAAAUGCCCAUAAUGAAUUCUGGGUCUGUAUGUGAUGAAGUAGUUGCACAGUUGCAAAAAUGGAUGAAGUCCCAUAAAUCUUGUUUAUAAAGGUUAGGGCUCUCCAUCUCUCCAGUUCCCCAAAUACCUUUGUUAUUAGAUUUACAAACUUACUGGUUCAUUUAUAUACUUCAGACCUGGGGCCACUGAGCAAACUUACUUAUUGGACUUUAAGCUGCUGCAUUAAACAGCUUUGAUAUUCUGUUGUGGUAACUCGAUACACAGCGGAAUUUACAUCUGAACAAAUGAACCACCAUACCUGAUGAAUCGCAUAUUGUUUUUUGCUGGAUGUCCGCUGUAGUAUAUGUUGACUUGUUUCGAAUAAAAGGCGGUCAGGGUACAGGUAAGCAGUGAUUCAUAGUAUGUAUGAAUGCAUCUUUUAAAAAAGACAUUAAAACUCUGUAGGACCUGCAUUACGGCAGUAUACCUUGAGCCUGUAGUAAUUAAUCCGUAGGUUUUCUUGUUGAGUAUGCAUGCACAUUUACACAAUCAUCUGUUUGGCCGUAAAAGUUGAUUUGUCAGCCAUUUCCCAUUACUUUUUUGAUAAAUAUUUCCUAUUUUCUGUUAUAUAAUUUUGAAAUUCAAUCAACAUUUGUCCUUAACUUUAACUUGCAAGUAAGUUAAGGCGUGAAUAGGGUAACGAACUGAAAAAACUUUAUUUUUAAAUGAGUAAUGUGUUUUACCUUUAUUUACUGUGUUUUACCCUGAUUUGUAAAUCUAUGAUGCAGUGUUUUAAAGCCAUUCAAUCCAUGUUUUUUUACAGUUACACUCCUGCAUAGUGAUGAGUGAUUUGUCACAAUAAAAGAAAGCCAUUGAAACCCGGUGCUUUAAGUUCAGUGUUAACACUAUCAGUAUUGUCACUUUUCAACUGCAAUGGCAAAGCUCUGGAAAACAUGCAGUGUUUUUAUUUAAUUUUUAAUCUCACUGUAUGUAUGUUUGUGUUGCAAUAUUUUCACUUGGUUUGUACCAGAAACAAAUGUAAGAUAUACCUCAAAUAAACAACUUCUCAUGUUCUCUAAA